AUGGAUUUCGUGGAAUUUGACACGUUCAAUACUGAUGAUAAAGAUGUCAAUCUACCUCAGCCACAACCUGCAUUGUCACUACCGAUAGCGUCAAAUUUGGAAAACUUUAGCAAAAAGUUUUCCGGAUUCAGUUUAUCAAGAAAUUUCACAUCGACCACAAAUGAUUCCACUGCAGCUACCACAACUAACCCCCAGUCACAGGGGAAUGAUGUCAUGGAUAAAUAUGCCAAGCUAUCUUUGUCGAUUUUGCAAAAAGAAGAAUUACUUUCAAAGUCUGACACUACAAAUCAAAACGUAACUGAUUCGCUAAGCACACGUUUAUCGAGAGUCUUGAAUGGUUCAAUCAGUGACACCAAAAUGAGAGAAAUAUUCUCAAGUCUUGAAGAUAAGUUGGAUCACGAUGUUCAGUAUUAUCAGGAACUAGUUGAGCCGGGGUUCAUGGGCACUGUAUCAAGAAAGAAAUUAAAGAGUCGUAUCGAGCAUGAAUUGAUCAAGAAUCAGGCAACUGUAUUGAAGGAGUAUCAACCAAUCGUGAAACAGUUGAAACAUGUCGAAGCAAAGUUGAAAAAAUUGAAUGACUUGAACAAACAAACGAAUGAUCGUUUACAAAAGAACUUUGAAUUCCUGCAUGAGUUUAACACAACUGUCAAUAAAUUAUAUGAAGAAAAACAGUUGAUUGGAAUCAAAAAGGAACUUUUGAGUGCAUUUAAAAACAAAUUCACGUUGAGUGAAUAUGAAGAGUAUAUGCUUGUUCAAGGAGAUUUGAAUGAUGACUUUUUUGUUGCAUUGAGAAAAGCGGAAAGAAUUGUAGAGGACUGCUCAAUCUUGUUGGCCGAGGACAACCCUCAAUUGGGCUUGAAAAUCAUGUCAAAGACAAAUGGUAUCAUAGACAAAGCUAUUGAACGUGCUGUGCAUUAUUGUCAUCGAACAUUGGACAAUUUGUAUUCGCUAAAUUCUAAAAGUCGGUUUGUUACAUUGCAUAAUUGUUUUCAAUUUCUUAAAGACAAAGACCGCUUUGGUGAGAUUAUCAACAAAUUUAGUGAGUCAAGAUCGAAAGAUUUGUUACAUGAGUUUUACAACCAAAUUCAAGGGCAGGAUGAAUCACAAGGGCCAUCCACAGAAAGACGUCCUAGUGCAAAAAGUGCAGCAUCCAGCAGUACUGAUAUUAGGCCCCUCUUUUUAUCGGCACAUGAUCCUGUUCGCUUUGUUGGUGACUUCCUUGCAUACAUUCACUCAAUUGCCGUGAAUGAAUCGGAGACAAUUACCAAUAUUUUUACCAUGGGCGACGAUGAUGAUCAUCAAUUUGAUAGUAUUAUUCAAAAUGUAACCGAUAUGAUUUUGAAAGCAUUGUCGAAACCCAUAAAGUCAAAGAUUGAACAAAUCAUCUCAACGGAAACCAAGUUGCUCACAAUUUUUCAAAUUUUCAACUUGGUUGAACUUUACUCAAUGAUGUUUGAUAAACAAUUGCAUCAAUCGGAAGAUCUUGUUUCCACAAUGAAGGUGUUGGUACGCGCAUGUCAAGAUCGCAUAUUCACCAUCGUUUCCAGCAAGAUUGCCACUAUUUCAUCGAGUACUCUGGCGAGAUUGGAGUUGAAUCUAGAUUUACAACCGCCAGAAUGGAUCAUUGAUUUUUAUGCGGAGAUUUUACCAAUGGUUGAUCAAGUGACUAGCGACACCAUACUUCAUUUAUCGAAAGAAGAAAACGAUAGGUUUUUGAACUUGAUCAUUAACCAACCAAUCAAAGUGUUUACUGACCAUGUGCACGAUAACAACAUUUUUACCAAGAGGGAUUCAUACAUUAUACGAUUUAAUUUUCUAGACUUGAUUCAGUCAAAAAUCAUGCCGAUAUCAUUGUUGUCAGAUAAAGUGUUGGAAAUCAAUGAUUUGAACAACGGAUUAGUCGCCAAGUUGACCGAAUUGGAACUUACUACACUACUUCAACAUUGCGGAUUGUAUGACUAUUACAAUAUCAUUAAUAUGAUUUGUCCGUUCUCGGAUGAUUUUUUUGAACCAUCAAUUUAUGAACCCAUUAAAGAAAAUAAAUUAUACAGUUUGGAAAAGUUGCAAAAAGUGGAUUCGAUGUUGCAAGAGUAUGUCCCCAAUGCAAUGAUAGAAAUACAGCAGCUGUUGCUUCGAUUGAAUUCACCAGUAACUGUAACCGAGGUGGUCAACAAUGUAUUUUUAGAGUUUGUCAAAUUUGUCGAGAAAUUGGACUCAAUCAACAAAGAGUACAUAGAAUACAACUUUACUUGGUCAGAUUUUGAAUUGGCAACAAUGUUGGGUAUUGAUGAGGUUUAUAUAACGUAUAAGCAAAACAUCUCAACUCAAUAG